GUUCAGCAUCGCCUAACAAGUACAAGCACACUGCUUCCCCACCGCAUCCGUCCGCGGAAAACCCUUUUUCAGCACAAACAACGAGCAUAAGCAUCACCCGGAACCCAACGCUCUGACGUAGUCAAUCGUUCAAGUAGCUAUCACUGGCGCAGCCUCGGUCACGCGCAGCGCUCGCGCGGUCACAUUGCAGCUUCAGUAAAAAUGCAGCCGGCCGGUGACAACUCUGGCUCCAGCUGCGGGCCAUGGUGGUCUGCGUGGGUCUCAAAUGCACGGGCAGACUCCGCAGCCGGCGUUCCUCCAUCUUGUCGGGACUUUAUUCAUGUCUCGCGGGAUUGCCGCUUGGACCGCACCGAGCGAGGCACUUUCUUGCACUGCCACGAGCGGAGGGAGCUCUUCAAGCUGUGCACGGACCGGGAACCUGAGAAGGUCUCGACGACCAGCAUUGAGACGAGGGAGCCGCUUCUAGACGGCCACACGCUCGUGGCCACGCCCAGCACGCGCUUUGAACUCACCCCGCCCCAGCUGGAGAGCCCGGCCAGCAACUCUGACGGGGCCGACGCCGCCGUGCUGCACCAGCACCAGCAACUCGCACAGCAGCAGCCCCUUCAGCAGCAGGCGGAACGUCCGCCCUCCCCAGGGCGCUUCUCGCACCCGUGGCGCGUGCAUGCCGACGAUGGCGGUCUUGGGAACCACGCGGGCGCAGGCGCGGGGUGGGCGCGGGCGCGCGCCGAGAGCGGUGACAUGUCCAGCACGGCUGCUGCCAGCUCUAGUAGCACCAGCGGCUUCAACAGCAGCGGCAACACCGGCAGCAGCUGCAGCGGCAGCUGUAGCACAAGCGGCGGGGGCCUGCUGCUGACGCCGCAGGUGGGACAGGCCAUGGACGAUAUUUUCCUGUUCGCGGACGAGAUGCAGCGUGAGCUGGCGCAGCAUGGCUUGCAGUUGAUGCGGCGAGGGGAGGCAGAGGAGCAGCAGCGCCGCAAGCAGCUGCCCGGCUUCCUGGGCCGCCUUUUUGGGGCGCGAGAGGCGAUGGCGCAAGUGUCGGAGGGCCUGGGAUGCGGUGGCGUCGGUCCCCUGCGCAGCAGCGACUACGUGCACCAGCCCGCCGCCACCCCUCCUGCCGGCGGUGCCGGGCCCCAGUAAUGCUGUGGGCGCCGCGGCGCACUGGACUGCCCGAGGGCUGCUAUGCGCGCACUUGCUGUGGGGAACAGGCACUCGUGGCGCGGCGGGGACUGCGCGUCAGCAGGUGCAACGAGUCUAAGGCAGAGUGCGUAGAUUACACGGCAGCCGUGGCAUAUGGACGGAUGGUCCAAUCGACAUUGGUAUGGGAAGCGCGCAUUCGAGAUGCUGGUGCCGCUGCCUGGCCAGUCCAGGCAGUGUGCCUAGGCGCUAAGCACAUUCCGCGGGUCAAGCCUGGUCAUGCUCGGCUCACGCGGGCGAGGCCUCUCCUCGCUGGAGGGUAGUGUGGCCUUGAGCAAGCGGCAACUCUGUAGUUUGUCAGGGUAUGAACGGGAGCCACGUGGGCGUGCGGGCCGCGUAGGCUUCGUACUGGUAUCCAAAGAAGCGUCGCAGGUAGUACUCCUCGUAUUCGAUUCGUUCCCGGAAGAACCUCCACGCCUGUUGCGACGGGGGAACGUGCGGUAAGGAGGCCGUUAGGCAGGGAUGCAAAGCGUUGGCGAUAGCGGAAAUGUGAGUGGGUAUUGUUGUUCUGUGCGAGUUGGCCAAAAUGACACAGCGUUUCCGCAUGAGAAGUAUGGCAUCUUGGAGGUUGGUUUGACAACUGGCGAUAGCAAUUUGGAGUCACUGGCGGUCGAGUCUGUUGUGGUGAUGUCGUUUUGGCUUCCGCGCCUGUUGGGCUGGGCUAGGUUGCAUCCCGCUGAGGUAUAAAUGGUGCCGGCGGCUCCAUGCACCACCCGCACGCGUGGUGGCGUGUUGCACGCGCAAAGCCGCCAGGUUUAGAUUGGCGUGCAAGUCAAGGCAUAUUUCGGGGUAUCGCGCCAAGUACAGCCCUCCGGAAGGAACACAGAGGACGUUCCGGGUGGCUGUUGUUAUUGAUUCCCAAGUGCACACCCACGUGGUUGUGCACGAUGACACGUUUGGAUCCUUUUGCUUGCAGUUGGCUGACAGACUUGGGUUGUUCGGGUACUGCUGGGCCCUGCCUGUGCCAGGGUGGUGCUGGGCUGCGGCGUGCAGGAUUGCUGCACGCACGGUCUGGAGCACUUGCCUGGCCUGCAGAUAACGAUAAGUUGAGGCCGAGACUGUGCCUCUUGGGCAGUGACGGCGGGGAAUAGUUUCUGAGGCCGGAACUCACCACAAUUGCAAAUGCGACGAUGCUGAAGGGAUUGCAGAGCAGGACUUGUGUUCCAACGCACCAAAUGUACCAGCCGAGGUAGCCCGGGUGCCGGACAUACCUGCGAGUGUGUGCGGGCAGGUGCUGCAUUGUUUAGAUACUUGGGAUGGCAUUUGGACCGCAUCAAGAGACAUGAUAGAGGCCAGAGCGCUAGGAGGACCGUGUGAGAGCUUGGAUAAGGGACAGGGCUGGGCGGUGUGCUGUCUGAUGCCACGACGAAGGUAUUGCGUGCGACGAAUGGGCAUAGCGUGGUGCAGGCUGGGCGGCAACAUGAGAUAUUGAACAUGAAAUAUACGGAUACUCGGAGAAGUAGCAUUUGAGGUGCAACGAGUGGCUAGCUUGAGUAGAUAACAACACAUGCGGCGCCGACUAGGCAGGGGGCCCACACUGACCUGUAGAUGCCAUGAGUCACCAGCGCGUGCCGCUCAUCUCGCCGCACGCGGAUGUUGUGUGUGAAGUUGGACUGGGCAGUCAGCUGCAGAGAAAGAACAGCACGGCGUGCGUAAGGCACCGCUGAGAUGGCCGGAACUGGUGCGCUCCAUGCAUGUAAGCCAGGUUGGAA